CACAACUGCAACCUAACACCGCAUUCCACACACCGUGAUCGCUAUCCGCUACCACAAAUUGGGAAAAGCUCCACCUUCAUCUGUGCUCACGAGGCGUCGCAGAAUCAUCACCACGCAGCAGAUCGUGAUCGACUGUUCGAUGACAGACUCCCUCUGAACACCUUCCACCCAUCUAUGCGUCCAGAAGACCUUCUACGAGCCCUCGCGAAGCCCCAGAAGCCCAGAUAACACCAGCUACUUGCUGUACCAAUCUACCCUCCGUCCACACCACUCCAUUGCGCCCAUAACCACACUCGACCCGAUACUUCCGCCGGGUAUCGGAGACUCCUUCACGACGAACAGACCAUAGUCGGCACCAUUCCGCGCCGCAAGAGCUCUUUUAUUGCCCUCUGCACGAGACCUCCCUAACGUCGACUACGGUCGUCUUACAUAUUCACAACUGCUUGCUGCUGGCGAAAGCCAGCCUCCAUUCAAGACAGAAGGGUGUGGGCCUUCUCUCCUCAGACAAAACCGCGACAGUCGCUGAGGCAGCAGAUAGUGCUAUCACAACACAGGGGGCAUUCGCACGCCUAGGUCAGGAUAUCCGUACCCCUCAAAGUCCUUAUCACAAGAGACCGGCUUGGAGAUGGUGAACACUGCAAUUCCACCCAACUACACCAACUCGCCUUCGUCAUUGAGUGGUACACCACAUUGGACCAUCAAUCGAGACAUUACUGCGCUCGAUCUUGACUCCAGCAAUGCAUUUGAAGGACCAGAAAAGCUCUUAGAAGUAUGGUUCACGGAAUCUGACAAGGCUCUGCCGGCGUCUGCUGCGCCAAAUGGCCUCAAGGCUGUCUCUCAGGACACAUGGAAGGAAAUGCUCGACCUCGUGAACUGCAAGGUUCUCUCGGUCAUUGAGUCGGGAAAUGUCGAUGCCUAUCUGCUUUCGGAGUCGAGCAUGUUCGUCUUUAAACACAAACUCGUGCUGAAGACUUGCGGCACUACCACUCUGCUCCGUGGACUCCCACGCAUGCUGGAGAUUGCGGUUUUGGAGGCUGGAUUUCCAUCCGUCCAAGCUAGCUUGCCCGGGGGAACGACCGUGGCUGCUAAACCACACCGCGUCUUUUAUAGUCGUAAGAACUUCUUGUUUCCGGACCAGCAGAAGGGACCACAUCGCAGUUGGCGUGAUGAAGUACGAUACCUGGACAAGAUGUUUCUGGGAGGCAGUGCAUACAUGAUUGGCAAGAUGAAUGGCGAGCACUGGUAUCUCUACAUCACUGGUCCAGGAACCGAGCUCACUCCACCUUCGACUCCACAGGGUGAGCUCUUCCACACGCCAACCCAGCAGAUGACUCUGCCCGAGAAAGGAAGACACAUGCCGGAGAACGAGGCAGGUGAUGAGACUCUGGAGAUUCUCAUGACCGAUCUGGAAGAGCAGAACGCUCGUAAGUUCUACCUUGAGGAUGCUAGCGCCAUUGCGCAAGACAACGCUCGCAGCGCUCACUUGGCUCGCAAGGACGCCAUCUCGCACCUUGGAGUCAUUGAAGAGCGCAACGGCUCCGACCCAAGCAUUUCCGGUAACACGCUAGUUACAGGAAGCGGAAGCGAUGAUGCCAGCUUCGAUGUUUUUGCCCAGACUGCAAAGGAGCACUCGGAUCUGAGCUCGGAAGAAGACGAGCCAUUGACGUUUGGAGAAGAGCUCAGCACUGAAGGCCACACUCUCGGAACGGUGGUCACUGAAGCUUGCGGACUGGUCGACGUGUACCCAGCUUCGAAAUACCCCGAUGCGCGCAUCGACUCGUAUCUCUUCACGCCAUGUGGCUACUCUGCGAACGGAGUGGUUCCGAUUCCUGGUGAUGCAGAGAACACUCAUUACUGGACUGUUCAUGUUACACCUGAGCCACAAUGCUCCUAUGCCAGCUUUGAGACCAAUGUACCAACGCGUCACAGUGGCCGCACGACUGUCGAUGUUGUUCAGCAGGUGGUGGGCAUUUUCAAACCUGGCCGUUUCAGUGUCACCCUCUUCGAGGCGAAGGAAGGUCUCGAAAACGGUAAUGCCAGAAACGACAGGCGUAUGGACCGAAUCAAGGGGUACAGACGCGUUGAUCGCGUGGUGCACGAUCUCGAAGGCUACGAGCUCGUUUUCAGAUAUUUCGAAAGAGAUGACUGGAAGGGUGGCGCACCACGUCUGGGAGAGCAUAGCCCAUAAGCCGGGGGCGAAAGGAAGGAGGGAGGAUGAUGUUGAUUGAUUUAAAUCACAAAAGAUUAUGAAUUUAGUAUCUCCUUGGUCAGAAAAUCAGAAAAUCUUGUAGGCAAUCAAUGAUAAGGUACAUGCGUGAUUAUUU